UUCGUUUUUCGAGUAGAAAAUUCUGAAAGGAGUGUGGCCGGUGGUAAAUUUAUUGAUGUAAAAUAUGUCUCUCCACUGGUUCAUUCUACGGUAUAAGUGAGCUAAAUAUCGAAGUGACUGCGAAGUAAAAGUGUCUGUGAGUUUACUGUCGGACGCCUUGGCAAUCCACACAGCCAUGGCUGUGGCGAUAGCGAAUGGAGGACAACAGCGACCGCAACGUCCUCAAAGAUGUAGUACGGGAGCAGGACCAAAAUUCAAACUGAUCCACGAAGGAGACAUUCAAGUUUGUCGCUUAAACCAUAGCCGAACUUUAAUCAGCAAAGUGUUAAGUUCCAAAUUUCUAAGAAGAUGGGAAGCACAUCAUGUUUAUUUGGGAGACUUCCAAAUGUAUUCCGCCACGUGUGCAGGUUUCAUGGAAUGUCCCCUGUCUUAUCAAGAAAUACUGGAUGCAUAUACUGUGAACAGAUGGGACACUGGCCAACAUUUCUGCAUUAGGGUCACAAUUCCAGAUGGUUCUGUAUUACUUAAGGCACCCAAUGCAUAUCUGAGAGAUCAAUGGCUUCAUUCAUUGAAAUGGAAGGUUAACCUGUUAAGAUAUAAAAGACUUAUAUCAAAAUCCAGCGAUCCUGAAGCAUUAACAAAGGAGCUCACGGAACUUGUACUUUUCUCACUAACCACACCAAUACAAGAUGACGUUAUAUUUACUGUUCCUUUGGAGAUGGUUUCAGAUAUCCUUGCACAUCAUUUCAUCUCAUUUUCUGAUGAGGAACAAGAAAACUUAAUAGUGGCACUUGCACCUGUUCUGGAAUAUGUUCAGCCUUCCCCUGAAGUUUGUGCUUUCUUUAGUAAGCAUUGCAAGGGCCAACUUUAUAAUAAUGAAGUAUUAGAUGUCUUCCUCCCAGCUGUUCACAGAAUUCUUAAACAUAACAUGGAUUUUGGAAAAUAUCCACAUCUCAGAAUGUUUGUACAAGAUUAUAUUUAUACAUUGUUUUGCAAAGAUUUUGCAGAUGUUGUCAGAGAGUUUGUAGAGAGUGUUCACAGUCCAAGUGCCACGUGUCCACAUCCACGUGUCCUUCCAAAUCUAGUUGCAGUUGUCCUCUCUGCUGUUUAUUCCACAUUCGAUCAAAGUGACAAGUUGCUUGUCAAGUAUGAAGAAAUCAACACAAAGUUCCUGCUCUGUUUCAUGACAGUGAUGGACACCAUAGCACAGUUUGAAGACUGGAGGCCAAAUCUCUCAACACUUCUACAGCCCAUACCCUUCCCAAAAGAGGCUCUCAAGAACGAGACAUUCGUACUGUAUAUCAGUGCAGUGAUAAAAGCGUUUGCAGAAGAUCAGCGGUGUGAGGUCCAUCAGUCCAUUCUUCCCGUCAGAAAAGGCAAAGAUGGCUGGAUUGACAUCAUCUGCCCAGGAGGAGUCUCCUGUUUUGAUGAAGGACAUUUUUUCUCUCACGUGAUGGGUCGCUUACUAAACUGUUGUGGGAGAAGAAAGAAGAUUCUUUUAGAUCUCAAGGAGUCCAUGCUUGGCCCCUUCAUGCUGCUUGCGUUGCGAGGUGACAGCAGCUUUAUUCAGACUUUGGCAUUCAUGUUAGAAGUUGAGGUUCUGCAAGACGAAAAUGAAAAAUUACAGAUCAUUUCUACACUAGAGAGCACCGAAGAGGGCAAACUAUGUUACGAAGCUCUGUGUCAGAAAAAAGCCAAGUUCAGACAAAUGCAGGAGAAGGGUGGACCAACGGUACUUACCCUUCCCACCAAAUCAACGGAUGAUGACUUGGCCCGUCUUCUCAAGUCUGGUUCCUUUGGUAACCUUCAGAGCCUAAACCUUGCCUUCACGCAUGUAACCAGUGCUUGUGCUGAGUAUUUGGUUCAACUGCCAGCCCUGUUACAUUUAAACCUUUGGUCCACACAGUUUGGUGAUAAAGGCUUGCACAUGGUGGCAGAGCAGCUACACAACUUAGAGUCACUGAACCUGUGUGAGACGCCCGUGACGGAUGACGGACUGUCAUCCCUGGUGAUCAUGUCCAGCCUUCGAAAUUUAAACCUGAACAGCACCAGACUCUCACCAACAACAUACGAAAAACUCAAAAAAUUACCAAGGCUGGAAGAGAUCGAUGUUCGGUACACGGAUGUUUGACUUUUGGUGUACCUCUUGUUUGCACACAAAACAGUAAAUGCAUCCGUGACCUUGUCACGCAAUCAGUUGUACUCUCCUCCCCUCAAGUUUCCAAAGCUCAGUGAGGCUGUGUUGACAGUUCGACCAUAAUUAUCAGUGGAGGACUACACGCGUGUACUUUCUUAACAGAUCACCGAUCAUGUAACAUAGUUACCGUAUUUAGCUUUGAAACUAGACAGUAGUCUCGAACUUGAUUUUUUUUUAUCACAUUCAAGACUUGAGUAGAUUACAUUCUUAAAUAAGUUGUUCACACAUCGGCUACAGAAAUUACUAAUUUCAGAAACUAGAUGUACAGAGAUCAAUUUAUCUGUGAUGGUGUGGUACUGUGUAGCUGUAAAUUGCUGUUUGUCGCAUGGGAAUAUUAUGUUCCCACCAAAAUUCGCAAUUACCUUUUACAUUUGCAAUGCACGUGAAUCCUCUCCUUUUCAAACUAAUUUUGUUCCUUUUUGUUUGGUCUUAACAUUUUGUGAUAUUUUAUUUUCGUACUAAACUAACAUGUUGCGGACCUAUUCAAGAGAGAAGUGACGAGCGAAUGAAAAAGUCAAGACUUUUGUGUUUUGAAUUGGAAGAAUGCAUCAUGCGUUGGCCCUCAGCUUUUUAAAAAUCUUUAUUAAAUAUGCGCUCGCUCGUAAGUAGUUAUUUUAACUUGUUUUCGGUUUUCGUUAGAACCUUGACUUCAUCUUGCAAAGGGAAUUUGAAAUUCGCAUAAUUUGGAAAGACACAGCUGUAUUGAGACGAGUUAAUUAUCUUUCAGGACUUCUCCGAUUUGUGGGAGAAGAGGGUGGGAGAGGGGGAUCGGGGGGUUUAGGCAACAGACUGGGAGCCAAUUUCGUUUUGUCUCCCACGUCCUGUUCUUUUGUGUAAAUUUUGCGCCCGCGAUAAUGCCACCGUGGCGUUCAACGUGGAAUUAUUGUGAUAAGUUCCGUGGCUCGAAUUUAAGAGUAGUGUUUUAGCACGUAAAUUAUUAUUGCCAAUUUAAAUUAUAUGAAGCUCGCCUAGUGGGACUCAAUUGGGAUAAUGGAGAUAUAUGAAAGGGGUGUACAUUAAUUAAGUUAACUAGAGCUUAUAGAACCUAUUGCUUAAAGGAUACUGCAUGUUUCUCUUGCAAAUGUGUUUUUUUUUUUUUUUCUCGCAUGGGGUAGGCAAUUUAACUUAAAUUAAGCGCUAUCGUGGUGUUGAUUUAUUUUCAAUUGAUACAUCGCCUGUUGUUUCCUGAGGCUGAAUGAAUGCAAAAGGUGCAAACGAAGAGUAGGUGUUGUUGGGUAGAUAUAUUUUACCCUCAGCAGUACUGGGAAUUGUAUUACAUUGACGUCCAAGACUCAAGAUUAAUCUUGGAUGCUGUCUGCCCACGUUAAAUGACAUAUCUCGCAAAAUGUGUGCAUUUUUAAAGCUGAAAAUAGUUUUCUGGUUAUUUAGUGGUGAGAGAAAGUUAGACGGAUAUAUUCGUACACCUAGUAAGUCCGCCUUCAAAAGAUAUCGUUUUGAAUGCGCUAAAAAUGCCUUGCUACACAGGAAAUAAAAAGAGCCAUGAAGUUCUUAGGUUGCAGAAUUAGAGAAGUUAUUCGGCUGUAAACCCUUGUGAACAGCAAACAUUUAGGAUAGCGGUAAAAUUCAUUUCUUUCUAUGAAAGCCUUGUGUACAAUACAGAUAACAAUGUAACUUUUUAGAGAUAGGGUUACUUUCCACUUUCUGUGGUUUUUGUUUAUAUAAGGAGUAAGAGCAUAUCAGCGAAAAGAGCCACAUUUCUUGGUUUUUCUACACCAUCUUCACAGAUAAUGAGACCAAAUGUGACGUUCUUUUCGUCGUGAAAUGUAGCUUUUAAGGUGCACGGUUUGUUGUGGUAGUACGGACUUCUGAAGUCUUGCCGACGUUGUAAUGAGAAGUUUGGAUGUAAGAUAGGCGCAUGUACACUUAUAAGUAUUAGUGAAUGUAAAGCACAACGUUCUAUAUUUAGGUGGUAGGGUGGUAAUUUCGCUCCCAGAAGCCUCGUCACCCUGUUUGGCUAGCUGCUCUCGGUUUGCUGGGAAUUACUCAAGGUCACCGUUUGACCACUUUCCUAGCUGUAGUGUUGUUAAAAUUGAUAAGUUAAACACCUUUAUGCCAUUAGCCAGUCAGAAGCUACCAACCUGUGUGGCGCCUCAGACAUCAGACUAUCAACAUUAUUAAGCACCCACGAUGCUUUUCUCAAUUCUUCCGGAGACUGAGAAACCUCCAUUACAAAUGAAACAUUACUUUUUCAGAAACCACCACAAUAUCUAAUCAACAGUUAAUUAUAACAUAGAACGCAGGUGAAAGCUUAGUUUGUUUAAAAAAAGGCUAUAUAUUGUUUUGUUCCAAGAGAUGCGAACUUAUAUAUAAAUAUCAUAGAGAGUACCUUUGUUUUGUACAUAAAAUUUACUUCCCAAGGUUAAUUAAGUUUCAUCUAUGUACAAAAGCGUAAUGUGUAAUGUUCUUUUUUUUGUUCAUGGCCUGUAAUUGUGUACGAGACACGAAUUUAAGCGUAACUGGUAUAAAUUAUAACUUCUGUUCCAUGUGUUGUGAAUUAAAAGUACUGUCUUGAGUAUCUGUG